AGAGGGGAAGGAGAGAAGGGACACUUCUGCAAAAGUGACCUAGAGCCUGCAAGAAACGGAGUCAGGGUUGCCUCCUUAAUCGGAGCGUGGCCGAGAUGAUGGAGCAGUCCUUCUCUCCUUAAGUGUGUGUGUGUCCACUGAAUGAGAAGGAAGAGGAGACCCCUUGUUCUGUUUUGCGUGAAUUAAGAAAUCUUGGUGCAUCAACACUGAAAUUGCUUUGAAUGCCAGCAAUUCUGCAUCUGCUAUGCCUGAGCCCAAGUCCGUAUGUGUUUCAGUGGAUGAGGUGGUCUCCAAUGGCACUGACACACAAGAUGUCCAUUUGUUGAACGGCCAUUUGAAAAAGCUGGACAAUGCUUUGACAGAAGCCCAUCGCUUCUCCUACCUUCCUCGUCGACCAGCUGUGAACAUUGAGUUUAAGGAACUCUCCUAUUCUAUCCAGGAAGGACCAUGGUGGAGAAAGAAGGGUUUCAAGACCCUAUUGAAAGGAAUUUCUGGGAAGUUCAGCAGUGGAGAACUUGUAGCCAUUAUGGGCCCUUCUGGAGCUGGGAAGUCAACACUCAUGAAUAUCCUGGCAGGAUACAGAGAGACUGGGAUGAAGGGUGAGAUCUACAUUAAUGGACAACCUCGUGAUCUGCGUUCUUUCCGCAAAGUGUCCUGUUACAUUAUGCAAGAUGACAUGCUGCUUCCACAUCUUACUGUUCAAGAAGCCAUGAUGGUAUCCGCUCACCUGAAACUUCAAGAAAAAGAUGAAGGCAGGAGAGAGAUGGUAAAGGAGAUCCUGACAGCUCUGGGUUUGUUGCCUUGUGCAAACACUAGAACUGGAAGUCUGUCAGGAGGGCAAAGAAAACGUCUUGCUAUUGCUUUGGAGCUGGUGAAUAAUCCACCAGUUAUGUUUUUUGAUGAACCUACCAGUGGGCUGGACAGUUCAUCCUGUUUUCAGGUUGUAUCCCUGAUGAAGGCUUUAGCACAGGGUGGACGGUCCAUCAUCUGCACGAUACACCAGCCCAGUGCCAAACUCUUUGAGCUCUUUGACCAGCUCUACGUCCUGAGCCAAGGGCAGUGCAUUUACCGUGGGAAAGUGUUAAAUCUUGUUCCCUACUUGAGAGAUUUGGGUUUAAACUGUCCAACAUACCAUAAUCCAGCAGAUUUUGUGAUGGAAGUGGCCUCUGGAGAGUAUGGAGACCAGAACAGCCGGCUGGUGAGAGCAGUCCGAGAGGGAAAGUGUGAUGCAGGUUACAAGAGAGACAGUGGGGGAGAAAGUGAACUUAACCCCUUCCUAUGGCACAGACCAUCUGAGGAGGAUUCUUCAUCCACGGAAGGAUGUCAUAGCUUCUCAGCCAGCUGCCUUACUCAGUUUUGCAUCCUGUUUAAAAGGACUUUUCUCAGCAUAAUGAGAGAUUCGGUCUUGACGCAUCUGCGGAUCACAUCGCACAUUGGAAUUGGGCUGCUUAUAGGACUGCUCUAUUUGGGGAUUGGAAAUGAAGCAAAGAAAGUCCUGAGCAACUCCGGCUUUCUCUUUUUUUCCAUGUUGUUUCUUAUGUUUGCUGCUCUCAUGCCAACAGUCCUUACAUUUCCUCUUGAGAUGGGUGUUUUUCUUAGAGAGCAUCUGAACUACUGGUACAGCCUGAAAGCUUACUAUUUGGCUAAAACGAUGGCUGAUGUCCCUUUUCAGAUUAUGUUUCCUGUUGCUUAUUGUAGCAUUGUAUACUGGAUGACAGCACAACCAUCAGAUGCUCUACGGUUUGUCCUGUUUGCAGCUCUGGGGACGAUGACAUCACUAGUGGCUCAGUCAUUAGGACUUCUGAUUGGGGCAGCUUCCACUUCACUCCAGGUGGCAACAUUUGUAGGUCCUGUUACAGCCAUCCCAGUUCUCCUCUUCUCAGGAUUCUUUGUCAGCUUUGAUACCAUUCCAGCAUACCUUCAAUGGAUGUCCUACAUCUCAUAUGUCAGAUAUGGGUUUGAGGGUGUCAUUCUUUCCAUCUAUGGUUUGGAUCGAGAAGAUCUCCACUGCGACAAAGAUGAUACUUGCCACUUCCAAAAAUCAGAGGCUAUCCUCAAAGAGCUGGAUGUAGAAAAUGCUAAACUUUACUUGGAUUUUAUUGUGCUUGGAAUUUUCUUCAUCUCCUUACGCCUCAUUGCCUAUUUUGUCCUCCGAUACAAAAUCCGAGCAGAGAGGUAGAGAGGAAGCAAAUGCAAUUUGCUAGUAGAAAGAACUUUAGACAUGCAGUGAUGGACUACUGUUAUUGUCUGAUUGUGGCAGACAAGUCUCCAGUGCCCAGUCGUAAAUGAUGUUGUGAUCUAGCCAUGUCCUGUUGGAUUAGUGGAUGCCUAGCUAUGGUAAUCAGUCCAGUUGGGUUUGAUCAUGAUUUUAUUAUACUUUCUAGUUUUAUCUAGGAAGAAGGGAAUUUUUAAAAUGCAGUUUAGAACCUGAAAAAGUGUCACUACUGAUCUCAUGGAACGUAUUUCUCUUAAGGUAGCUCUAGUUCUUACAGAAAGGUAUAAAAUGGCUGGGCAUAUUUCAUUAUGUUCUAUCAGCUACCUAGUGGAAAUGUGAAGAAUGUACAACAAUCUCUUACUUUUGCAUCCAGACUUCAUCUUUGCUCAUUACCUGAAUUUCUGCAAGUCUUUUCCCCACAAGAAAUCCACCAGGAAAGCAGAAAUCUACAAAUUUUUCACAUGCUAAGAAAAAUACAUUUUUUAAGAAGACACAAGUAAUUUGAUAUUUGUUCAGUACCUACAGAGUUCUGGAGCUUUAGUCUCAUGAGCUGGUCUCAUAUGGCACAAUUGUAAUAUGGGGAUAAAACAACAAAUUCCAAGUGAAUGCUGUAAAAGAAUUCUAGAAUGCAGAAGGUAUGCCUAUAAGCAGUCCACAGGUGAUUCCUUCUAAUAUUCUGUUCUUGCAAUAGCUUUUCAAUCCAGUUUUCUUGUGGUAUUUUAAAUAUUCAUUAUCUAUAUUAACUACCUCCCAUGAAUCCAGAAGAAACUAAGAAUUCCACUGCAGGCAAUUUGAUGCAGUCUGGGGAAAAGAAAUCAGACCUCAAAGCCUGUUUAAAUGUUUUAUAACGCAGGUCAUGGCAAAUGGAAGGACUGUCAGUGGUCCAAUGUUAUGAAUGCUUGUGGAAUGGUAAAAAGUCCCUGGGCUGUUCCAGACAACACUUCCUUGGCCCAUGUGAUUAAAAGGGGGACUAUUAACCCAGUUCUUACCCAUUUACAAUUGGUUUUCCUUCUAAACGAAGUCAACUUUUCUCAUAAAGUUGUUGCUGAAUAAUCAGAAGAGUCUGUAUUCUGAUUUCAGCAAAUCUAAAGUGCCUCCAUAUAUUCUGGCAGAAUUUCAUUUUGUAAUUAUGGCUUUUCACAGCAGUUUAAUGGAGAUCAUUAUCUGGACAACUAACACUGUAGGAGGAGAGCAUGGCACCCUAGAUUUGGAAGAGAUCCAAAUGUCACAUUUACCUCAACCCAAUGCAUUCAGGCUGGGAAGCUGCAUGAUAUUACGUUGACUUUGUUAGUGAAUCAAAUAAAGCUGCUCUUUGGUGGAAGUGGUUUUAUUUCAGCAUCCCAUUCAGAAUCUAGAUAAAAUGGCUAAUUUGAAGAAACCGGAUCACAGUGUGGCAGGUAUUUAGAUAUCCUCUUGUACACCUAACUCAGCAAGCUAUUUUGACCAUUCCAGAAAGAUCUCUGUUAACUGCUAGAGUUAAGCCAGAUUUUUUUUUCCAAGUUAGAAGACUGAAGGUGAAUUGCAGGCUCCCAGGGAGGUUAAUGGUAUUUUUUAAUACAAAUUGAACUAUUUUGUGAAAUCCUUUAUACUGUUAGAGGUUAAAUGUGGUUUGCCUUUUAUGUAUGAGAUGAUCCAUACCUACACCACAAACCAGAGACUUGUAGGCUGACAUCCAGGAACCCUGAAGGCCUUGUUUAUUCAAAAUAAACAGUGAUCUGUUUUGGCAGCAUAUCCCCAAAGUCGUGUACUCCAGAGUAAUUACUAUUGCUUUAGUGUAAUCUGAUUAUUGCAAAUGAGUUGGAUGUCCCCAAAUCUAUUUUCAUAAAUAAGGUGAAAUGGUGAUUUAAAAAAAAAUUACAUCAGCAAGUUAUGUUAAAGGCAGAACCUCUUCAACUUAGUUAUUAACAUAACAAGCUGAUUAUUGUACAUAUUAUUCUCACCAUAAUUAUCUUGGUGAUGCUGUUUUCUCCCCAUUUAGUGAAGAUCAACUUUCCAGAACCUCAGACUUCUAUAAGUGCAUCAGAUUAUUGUGACAAGAAAGUCUUCUGUUUUGCAUGUCAUGAAAAUCCAUUGUGUUGGGUUUUAUUCCAGUGCCUCCUUUAUCAGAAAGCUGUAGAGGAUUUUUAAUAUGUUUAAGGCAGCUCAUAUUCUGAAUGUAAUAAUCAUAUUAGAUUGGAAUUGAGGAGUGUGUUAAAUCCUCUAAUCCCCUCCCUCCAGGAAACAGUCUGAUGAAAAACAGAACAGGUACACACCAACAUGCUAAUAAGAGAAAAAGUAGAAAUGUAGGCAUCUCCUAGGAUACGUUGACGUUCAAAGUUGAUGUUAGACAUUUCUCUUUUCUCUUGGGGUCACUUCUGCGCUUGGUUCAUCGGGGCCAAUAAAUCUCUUGUCAGUGACAAGAAAGUCCCAGUUGUCCUCUUUAUCCAUGUAUUUAACCAGAUAUGAUUUAUCGUCAUGAGCAUCUUAAGGCUCCUCUUCCAAGCAUAGCUAGGAAGAGGCAAAGGGCUAAAUCUCCCUAAAGCAGUAGAAUGUGACAAGAUGGAUAACAUAGAAGACAACUUCUUUUAAAAUUAGCUUCUUAUUUAUGGAACUUAUUUUUAUAGCCCUUAGUUGUUGAGCACCUAACUAAAAGAAUGCUAUGGGUCACAAUCCAGUAGCCACAGCUUCUAUGCCACUCCCAUUUAUUUCAGUGGGGGUUGCAAGGGAUUCUAUCCCAACUGCAUCAGAACAAAUUCAGAAUGUGCUGUAGCAGUGCAUGAUGAUGUAUGCCUAUGCUGUGUGAAAUGUAGUCAUUUGUAGUAUUCAUAUUCCCUAGCUGCUGUCCAGUCUGACAUACUUGCCAUCCUUUUUGGUGUUGCUGCUGGCAGAACCUUGGGCUAAGAAACUACUGCAGAUCUUUGCUAACUAUCCUGAAUAUUUUUUUUAUUUUGUUGUAGCAUCAUUCUAUAUAGAUUCAGGAGCAAAUUCUCUCUUCACCCUAGCGUCUAUCAUUGUACUGUACUUUUGAGUCCACGUGCAGUCACAGAAGGUGGCAAAUUGGGAGGCUGAGCAAGAUAAGAAUGGGACAAUCUUUGCUGAAAAUGCUAAGGGGUGCAAAACAACGCCCACCUCCUUCAAGCCCCAGUCAUGCUUGAUGAGUGUAGGUUACACUCUGCUCAUGUUACUGUAGAAUGUUCCUUGCAGCAGAUGGUAGUGCAUAAGUACUAGCCCUGGCCCACAACGGAGGGCUUAGUGUCUACCCAUUGCCUUGGCUGAGAAGAAACAAAGAGCAGCUCACUGUCCCUCAGCCAGUUGAAGGAGCCAGUGGACAAAUGUGGGGAGGCGGUACUGCUGCUUGUACUGCACAGCACUGGCCUUCCCAGCAUUCUCUUACCUGUUGGGUAAGGAAUGGUGGGGAGGAGAGGGGAGGAGCAAAAAAGAAAACUUCCCCCUUUCUUUGUUCUGCUUCCCCCUCUCCCCACAAAAUCCUUCUCUCUCUUCAUGUGCCUUCUCCAGUUGGGGUGUUGGCGGCCAGCAAAAGCCAUGGAUCAUGGUCCCUAGAAUCAUGGAUGAUAUCUUCUGUGUCCAUUUCUAGCCAUUAUUUCCGGUCACCCAUCCAUCCCUCCUUCUUUCUCUUGAUCUUUUUCCUGCUAGCUUUCCUUUUGGCAUUAGUUGUGGUAUUUGGUAAUUUACUCCUCUGAGAAUAUGUCCACAAUACUCCUGUUUACAUCUCAAUUAUCUGUAUUAUUUGUUUAUCUGUUUUUGCUUUUCGAACUACUUCUUCAUUUGUUGUUCUGCGGAUCCAUUUAAUCUUGAGUAUUCUUCUGAAACACCCCGUCUCAAAAGCUUCCAGUUUUUUAUGUGCUUCUUUCUUGAUGGUCCAGGUUUCACAUCCAUACCGGAGAAAAGACCUGAUGUAGCAUUUCAUCAUUCUGUUAUCUAAUGACAGAAAAUCCUUGAAAGCCCUUAUUUGUAUUUGUCUAAAUUUGAUUCACAUGACUUCUCAAGGCUAUUCACACACAUGUGUAAAACUGGGCUAAGGAAGCCCAGCCCAGUUUUGCACACGCGUGUGAACCACCGGAAUCGGGCCUGAUCCCAUUGGCUCUACAGUGGCAAACCUGCCUAUUUGGCCACCCUGUAAACUGAGGUUAAGGGAGUGAGCGCUCCCUUAACCAAGCUUAUUUGCUCAUGUGUCAACUGCGGCUGCUUGCAGCCAUGGCUGGCACACUCGGGGUGUGUGUGUCCCCCACUCGUGCAGUGCAUUAUUGGAGCUCCAGGGGGUGGGGUGAUGUGUGGUGGUGCAUCUCAGCACCCCAACCCUUGGAGCUGCUGGGAGCAGCUGCUUGUCAUCUCAGCAGGCUAUCUGCCCACCCAGGGAAGGGGAGACAAUCAUCUGCAGGGAAAGUAGGUUUAACCCACCUUCCCCACAGCCCACCCAUGAGCCCUUCUCACUGAUUGUGAGAAGAGGCUCUACAUCUACCCACAAAGUCCAUAACCUGCAUUUCAUUUUGGCUUUGUGUUUGUUAGUGCAACAACAAGCAUCAUCUUAAGGCAGAUGUGAUAAUGUCUGAGAAUGAGCAGCAGUUUCUAGAACCCAUGGGUUCCACAGGUAUCUAUUGUAAAAGUAGUCCUUAAUGAGUUCCUGUUAACACUUGUUUUGGUGUUUUAGAUUCUCAUUCACGAUGUACGUGAGAUUGCAGGGAUGGCAUUUAGAAAAUAGCAUAGCACUGAAUUCCUUAUUUUAUUUUAGGGUGUAAUUAUGUAUAAUUUGUGUUAGAAUUUGUGUGUCAUUAUCACUUUUCAGCCACAUAUCCAUCAAAUGUACUGUGAAUGCUUCCAAUAAUUCUUUCUGAGGGGUGUUUCAGAAAGAGAAAAAGUUAUUUGUAAGUCUUAAUUGGAAAAUAAUUUCUUCAAGUCUUUACUGGAAUGUCAUGCCAGGGGCACAACGAGAUCAGGAGCAUCCAAGAAAAUUUCUAAAUACAGAGCAAGCACACAAUUUAAAAAGUCAUUUUUUUGUUAUGUGCUUGCUGGUGAACCAGAUGCUUGUGUCAACUGCAUACAUUUAUUAAGCAAGUGUGGAACUUAUGUGUAUAUAUUUUUCUAUUUGUGAAGCAACCCUGUAUGUGUAUUAGCCAUUGUUUUCCUCACCAGAAGCAAGGUGGAAAGACUAUGUUUAUUGAAAAGUGUCUUGUAGGAGUCACUGUCCACAAUUUAUGAACCAUGAGGGAAGAGGUCUCAGUCCCAACAUUUUGGUGUUUGCUGACAGAGCACAUUGCAACAUAUUUGUCAGAAACAGAUACUAGCGGCUUGGAGGUCUCUGUUCUUCUCAAAAUGCAUUUAUCUCAUCCAUGGAAAAUGUUAGGAGCUGCCUACUCAAUAGUCAUAAUAUAAUCGUAGCACACAGAACCAAGGAUCCUCCACCCCUUGUUAACUGUGAAUUAAAUGAUGACAUUAAUUUACAUAGAAUGGAAUUAAACCUUUUUCAAUUGGCAAGAACUGGCUUCAUGGUGCUUUAUACUACAGCCUGUAUUAACUUUGCCAGUAUGCCCAUUCUAUAUUUUCAAAAUUAGAAUUAAUGUUUGGGGUUUUUCCCCUGCAUUCAUUUGAAUGCUUUAAUUUCCCCAAAAUAUAAUACAGUAUAUAUGUCUGGCUAAACUUAUUUCAUGGCUAAAAAUGUCAUUUACUCAGCUGCACCUCUGUAAUUGGCAGAGAGAGAGAGAGAGGAGGCAGAACAUCUGCUUCGUAUAGUAAACAUGAGACCAUAAUCCUGCCUUCAUUGAAAGUUAUAUUUUUCCAUUGAUCACAAUGUUAGUCAGGACUUCAGGACAGUAGUACUUCUUUUAACUUUUAUCUGGGAUUGAUAUAGCCUACCAGCUCUCUUAUGGGGGCUUUAGCACAAAUACAUAGAAAUGUCAAUUUUGAAUGUACCUUUUAAACAAAUAUUUAGCACUGUCAUUCUUGAUCCUGGGCUGUUAAACCCACUGGCAGCCAUGAUUCUAAGAUUAUACAUGCCCUAUAUGCCCCUCUACACCAGCCGUUCAUCAGUUGUAUAUACAUCCAUCAGUUGGACUGCUGACUAAGAAGUAGUAUUGUGUUUUCCAUUCAUUUGGCAAAUUGUAUCAUUUGAAUACUCAGUAUGUGAAUCUUGCUCUGAAACUCUGUUAUAGGAAGGUUCCUGGUUGAUCAACUAGUGGACUGGAAUAAUUCUGCUUGCAUUGCAAUAGUAAAAACUGAGAAAUGUGUAUAAGAAAUCAAAUACUACUAAUUGUUAAUUACACCUAUCAGCCCCCCGCCAAAAAAACCCACAAAACCCAAACAUAUACAUAUUUUUUUUCUCCCACUGCUGGAAACAAUGCCUGUGAAGUUACAGUAACUAUCACAGUUUCUUCUUAGGUGUUGAAACAUUUGCUCCAUGGUAAAAUUUGAGCAUACCAUAGAACACUUCAAGGCUGUGGCAGUUGAUUUUGCAACCAGUCCUGGUAUGAAUUUUCUAGCAUCAGUGAUAUUACACCUGUCCUUUACAAAGGACACAAUCCAGCUCAUGUUAAGCACAAAUUAACUCCGAAUGAUUUCAGUGGGAGAAAUUUAAUAAUAUCCUUAAUUCCCAAUUAAAUCAACAGGACUUAAAAAUGCUUAACUUGGACUGAAUCGUGCCCAAACUGCAUGUUGUUGUUUAAAAACAAAAACCAAAAAAAAAACAAAAACCAGCAGCAAAUAUAGCCAAGCAUGUCUUGCUGUUUUGGACACAAAGAAGAUCUUGAAACUAUGAAUAAUCUGAUCCAAACUUUAGUUGAACUGAUGGGAAACGAGCAAGACUGUAGAUUAUGAAGUGGGCCAUAUGCUUCCCUACCUCAGCAAGAGUUCAAACAUUUGAAAUGAAAAUAGGAUGAAGACUGCUGUGUAGACUUAACAAUGGUAGCUGAACAGUUCUUAUUCAUUUAUUUCCUCCCAUUCUACUCAAACCCAAAAAGUGCUUCAACAGAAGCCUUUCACAUAUGAUCAGUGAAUGCAUGGAAGAAGGGAGUCAGGAUUGUGCCUGCAGUGCCCUCUCCUGAAUUCCUGCCAAAGAUGCGAAUAGAGCCUAUAAUUCUAUGCACAUAGGCUCUUUCUGUAGCAUUGUGAACCUUGCAAAAGGCAGUGUCUCGGACCAUGCAUUUGUGCAUAGGCUCUGUUCAGACUUUCAGCUGAACAUGCAAAUACCAGGGGUGGGGGCCAGUGGUCUGGAUCCCACUCCCUCCAGAACACAUUCAGCACUUGCAUGUGUGUCAUGUGAGAAGAGCUACGUAUUUGUGCUUUUCAAUGGUAAAAGGCAAAAAUUAGGAAAUUGUGGUUCAAAAAUCCUUAAAACGUGUGCAUUCCAUAUAUAGGCAGUCCCAGAUUCUCAGCAUUUUCUCAGUUUAAGUCUUCAAAGCCAGUUAAAGCCUCAGUGAAGCCUUCGCAACACUCAUGACUCAAAGCUCUAAGCUGUCUGAAAACAUACUGAGGCUGCUUCUGACUCUAGAUGUGAUGAAGUGUACAUUCUCAAGGAUUCCACCCCCCUAUCAUAUAACGUUGAUACUAUCCUUCUCCUUUUAGGAACCCGCCAAUACUACAUAGUCUGAUGUGUUCCUUCCCUUUUUCAAGAUUUGUCAAAAUUUUACUAACCCAACAAAAGAGAUACAAAAACCUCAUCUCUGUAGCUUUAAAAGGAACACAGAAUUAUUGAAAAAAGAGAGUGUUUCUUAACAAGGAGAAGGUCUCCUCUGUGUGGGGUACAGUGUGACAGUAUUGCUAACUGUUUGGUUGUUUUUCUUCCCCCUUUCUUAACUUGUUUCAAACUAUUUGUGCAAUACUGGCUCUCGGUUGUGGUGAACUGAUGCCCUUAAAACUUAUUUAGUGAUUUAAGAUAUCUGUAUGUGUUUUUUUUUAAUUCUUAAACAAAAAGCAAGAGUCAAUGCAAGUAAUUUGUCAAAAAAAAAAUCAGCGUGCUGAAGUGUGCAUAUGUUGUAUAUCGACUAGUUCUUCUCGGAUGUGUAAUGCACACUGCAUUACUUUGGAUUCCUGUUGGUUUUGCUGUUCUAGAGAACUGCUGCUGCUUGCACGCUGUGAUAUAUUUGCACUGUUGUAGAUAUAUGUAAACACUGUCCUUUUCCCCAGGUGGCUUGUUUAACUUUUGUAGUUCAGACAAUGUAACUGAUUGAACUACGUGUACCUAAUUCAUGUACCUACAGAAAAGAUUUAGGAUGUUGGGCAUUCUAACUCUAUACUUUAAAUAAAUUAACAUUAAAGGCGUUGUACAUUUCUGUAUAGUUAAUUCCUAUAGGAUAUUUGUAUGUGCAUUAUUUUCCAAAUUAGAGCUCUUGUUUUCUGAAAAUGGAGAACACUUAUAAUGUAAUACAGAAUGAAUAAAAUAAAGUAUUGCUAUUUUCAGAUUA